GAUAACCUUUCGCGAAAUAGCAAGAAGAGCAAGAAUAAGCAGAAUUAUUUACAAGUUAUCAUGUCACACGACACAAUUCACACAAGUUACUCGACAGUUGGUGAUUGAUUUUAAUGUACAUGAUUUUCGUAUCGAUUCAUAAAAGAGACCGACACGACGAUUAUUUGUCCGAAUUGCGCACUACUUAAGUACCAGGAAGGUAAAUGCGCUCGACAGGAGGGUCUGGUCGGUCUGGUCCGUAAAGAGGCUUGGAAUUGUAAGCUAAUUAGCCAGUUUAGCAUUUGCUAGCGCUGACAAAACGCUGAAGAAGAAAAGGAGGGAAAUAUUUCAACGAGCGAAUAUUCUACACUCGCGACUCCACGUUGCAGUUAUUAAAAAAAAAAACAGAAAAUGACCGUUAUGGAUUUUUUUGGUUGCGCCUGUUUGGCUUUCGGCCCGCCACUAGCCAUGUUUAUGUUCACCAUCGCCGCCGAGCCCAUCAGAAUAAUCAUAUUGAUCGUUAGCGCUUUUUUCUGGCUCAUAUCCCUGCUACUAUCGUCAGUGCUUUGGUACGCUGUGGUUCCAUUACAAGAAUAUCUCGCGUUUGGCCUGGUCUUUUCUGUACUAUUCCAGGAAGGUUUUAGGUAUCUGUUAUAUUGGGUGCUACGUAAAGCCGAAAGAGGCCUGGAAAAAGUCACGACGACACAAGUAGCUGAUAGCAGACACGUAUUUGCUUACGUUUGUGGUUUAGGUUUUGGCUUCAUGAGCGGUGCCUUUGCUUUAGUCAAUGUCCUGGCUGAUGCAAUAGGACCUGGUACAAUGGGACUCCGUCAAGGUUCCGAAUACUUCUUUAUAAUAUCGGCUGCUACCACUCUGUGUUUCAUUCUCCUGCAUACAUUCUGGGGUGUCAUCUUCUUCUCUGCCCUGGACAAAAAGAAUUGGGGACAGAUUAUCUGGGUGGUUGGAUCACAUUUGGCUGUCUCAUGUAUGACAUUACUCAAUCGUUAUCAGGUGUAUGCAGCUAGUUUAUUAUCUGCUUAUAUAGUACUGAUAAUAACGACUACACUUGCAUACAGGAUCGUUGGUGGACGAACGCAAUCUUUAUUUCCCUGUUUUCAAAGGAACUGAAAGCUUAUAAAGGUUACUUAAUGAAACAUUUGUAGUUAGGAAAUCCAUCUCUGAUUUGAUGUGAAUAUCAU